GCCAAAUUUGCGCUUCUCUUGUUUGAGUGAAAUGUCCAGCGAAGAACCGCAAUGGAGAAAAGUCCAUACAAUAACAGGAGUAAUACCGCCUUCGAGACACGGCCACAGGGCCGUGGCCAUUCGGGAGCUGAUUGUAGUGUUCGGAGGUGGAAACGAAGGGAUAGCGGAGGACCUGCAUGUUUAUAACACUGUCUCCAAGCAGUGGUUUCUGCCCGCUGUGAGGGGAGACAUCCCACCAGGCUGUGCUGCCCAUGGUUUAGUUUGUGAGGGCACUCGCAUACUGGUCUUUGGUGGCAUGAUAGAGUAUGGCAAAUACUCCAACAACCUCUAUGAACUUCAGGCUAACAGGUGGCUUUGGAAGAAGCUGAAGCCCAGAGCGCCCAAAAAUGGCUUGCCUCCAUGCCCUCGUAUCGGACACAGCUUCACACUUAGUGGUAGCAGGUGCUAUGUGUUUGGGGGGCUCUCCAAUGUUAGCGAGGACCCCAAUGGAAAUGUCCCACGGUACAUGGAUGACCUGUAUGAGCUGGAGCUGCAUUCGGCAUCAGGCGCAAGAGGCUGGAGCAUCCCAGAGACAAAAGGGGGCGGUCCUUCAGCGCGGGAGUCCCACACUGCUGUCGCGUACGCUGGUCUUGGCUCGCCCAAGCUUUUCAUCUUUGGAGGAAUGCAAGGGCGCCGCUUGGAUGACCUCUGGCAGCUUGAUCUCAACACCAUGAUGUGGUCAAGGCCUCACACCAGGGGUUCCACGCCACUACCCAGAAGUCUUCACUCUGCCAGUGUCAUCGGAAACAAAAUGUUUCUUUUUGGUGGCUGGGUUCCUGUUCCAGAGUCAGAGAAGCAAAAGGCUGCAGGAAUGAAAUGGAUUUGCACCAACGCCUUAAGUCUUCUUAACUUGGACACCAUGAGCUGGCAGAACCUGGGCCCACAAUACGACGACGUUGGCUCCCAGUUGCAGAACCAUAAGGCCCAGAGUGAGGACCAGAAUGCGAGGAAACCCAAAGCCAGGGCCGGCCACUGCGCCGCUGUCGUGGGAUCCAGGCUUUACGUUUGGAGCGGCCGGGAUAGUUACCAUAAGAGCUUGGGCUACCAAGUCUGCUGCAAGGACCUGUGGUACCUGGAAACAGAUAGACCAUCGUCCUCGGAUGCGGUGAUGCUCAUCAAGUCCACUGUCAGCAUGCUCCAUGUGGCGUGGCGCCCCGUGUCUGCAGCAGACUGCUACCUCCUCCAGAUUCAGCCUGUCAACCCGCCAGCCAAACAGCUGGAUUGGUCGGCAGCAGAUGGAGAGAGAAAAAGUCAAGAUUUCCAGAGUGUAAGUGAAUGCAACACUGAAGAACAAGAGAACACGUCAGUGCAGCAGCACGGCAACCUGGCAAAGUCCUCCAUUAGCCAGGUGGAGCCCCAGGCAGAGAAACAUGAGGCUGAGAAGACGACACACCAGAGCCCGGAGGAAGCGCUGUGGUUUGAUGUAGGUGUGUUUAAAAGCCUCUUUUCAGAGGUCCACUGCUAUUAUCUGCCUGUUGAGAACCACCAGGUGACCCCAAGCAGUCGGCCUUCUGUUACAAAAGAGAGGAGGCUUCAGGACUACCAAGAGCGAGAGAAGGAGGAGCUGACUGCAGGUCAGACUUACAGGUUUCGAGUGGCGGGCCUCAACUACUUGGGCCAAGGUGACUUCAGUCAGGUCAGUGAGUUCAAGACGUGCCAACAUGGCUUCCCUGGAGCGCCCUCUGCUGUCAAGAUCAACAAGGCCAACGACGUGGUCUGCAUCACAUGGGAAGCGCCUCCCUCUCCGUCAGGCCGCAUCCUGGAGUAUUCAAUGUACAUGGCGGUGAAGAAGAGCCGCUCGUCCAGCUCUGAAAGUCCCGGCCAACUGACCUUCAUCCGGAUCUACCGCGGUACCAAGAUGUCCUGCACGCUCAGCUCCAACCAGCUGGAGAACGCACAUCUGGACUGCUCCGCCUCCAGCCGCCCGGCUCUCGUCUUCCGCAUCGCCGCCAAGAACGAGCAGGGCUACGGCCCGGCCACCCAGAUCCGCUGGAUUCAAGAUCUCUUUAAAGCGCGGGCUGGAUCAAAGGCAGAUGUCUGUGGUGCUGAUGGUCGCCUUGCUGCUGACAGCUUGCAGGAGGAGGUGAAGCAUCUCCAGGAGGAGGUGAAGCAUCUCCAUGGCCAACAGGAGAAGCUGCAGUCGCAGUUGUGUGAGUGCUCAGAGGAGCUGCAGGACAAGAUGAGGGAGAUGGAGAAGCUGCGACUGCAGGUGAUGACUCCUCAACAUGUGGAGUUGCUGAAAGUUCAGAUGCAGCAGGAAAUGGACCAGCCGGUCAGGGAACAUUUCCACAAACUGGAAGAGGAGGCCGAGAAGUACAGGUCAGACUUCAACAGGCUGCGUUACGCCUCCACUGUGCUCAACACCCAGUUUGAACACCAGGAGGACCAACAUGCUGGCGUACUCGAACGCCAGCGGCUGCGCUACGAGGUGGAGAUCGCUCAGCUGAGGAAGGAGAAGGAGAGCCUGUUGGCCCAGUACCAGCAUUCUGACCCUCUGCAGGACAGGAAACAGCUGGAGAUGGUCCUCAAGGAGAAAACCCAGCUCACCAUGUGGGUCAAGAGUCUGCAGGCGGAGGUGGCCGAGUUGCAGGCCCGGAAGGACAACUCUGACCAGCAGGUGGAGAACAUUCAGCUCUCCCAGAACCGGCAGCUGGCAGAAUCUCAGGCUCUGGUCAAAUCUCUUGAGGCGGAGCGCCAGUCUUUGGACCUGCGAGUGGUGCGCAUAGAGGGAGAACUGAACCUCAGCCAGGAGCAGCACAGCCAGCUGACUGGACAGUUGCACAAAGCCAAAAGAGAAGUUAGCGCCCUCACAUGCCAGAUUGAGAGCCUGAAGCUCUCCCACAAGACUGCUGUGGACGGCGUCAAACUGGAUCUGACCCGCUCAAAGGGGGAGGUGGAGAGGGAGAGAGACACGCUGAAGUGCAAGAUGGAGAGUGUGCAGACGGAGGUGGAGGUGCUGAAGGACAUGCUGGAAAAAAACAAUGCACUCUUUGUGGAGAAAGAAAUGGAGAUGGUGAAGAAGGUGAAAGCUGUCUGUGACGAGGAACUCUACAAGACAAGCGUCUUGCACGAGGAAAAGCUGGAGUUAGAGCAACAUCUUGCACAGUGUAAACAGCAGAUCAUCCUGCACGACUCCAAAGUGCAAUCCCAAAAAGAGGAAUGGGAGAAGCAACUGUGGAUUGUCCAGAAAAGUGAAGAGUCUGCACGCAAAGAGAUCCUCUCCCUGAAACUGCGAUUCAAGCAGCAGAGCUCUCAGCUGGAGGAGCUGGAGAGACAGAGAGCAGAGGCAGUGCACCUACAGCAGAAAAACCAAGAACUGUGUGCCCACCUGGGGACCUUGUCCAAGUCUGAAGCGGAGCUGCUGCAAGCAAACCAACGUCUGAAGGAAAAACUGGAGGAGAUAAAAGAGGAGAACAUCCGUCGAGAGGGAGAGAGGAUGGUGGAGGACAGUCGGGCACGAGAGGCCAAGCUGGAGGAGAGCAUCUCUCAGCUCAAAGACAAAGUCCUGAAGUUGGCAGCAGCCGAAAAGAAGCGAAGAGUCCAGGUGGAGAAGAAAGAGACGGGUCUGCAGAACACCAUCUUUGAACUGAGUGCACAAGUAGAUGAACUGACGCAGGAAAGUACUUCAGCCAAUAAGUAA